AUGGAGAUGGCUUGGAUGGUGGGUGAAGGAGGACAAGAAGCACUCUGGAAAGCCAGCAUUUGUGAACUUCAAAAACACGACUAUGAAGAACAUAAUAUCCCUGAUACCCUUACAGAUGUGAAGGCAUUACAUGCUCAGACCCAAGAGUCUGCAACAUUGGAAGCAAGAGAACAAAUAUUGAGCUCUGAGAGCCUUCAUGAUGUUGAUAAUUCUUUUGAUAUCAUGGAGCAUACUGAUGUUCAUUGGGCUCUCUCAUAUGACAAACUCCACUUUAAUGAUGGGGGCCUUUUCAGUGAUCACCAGUGGACCAAACUACAGAAGUGGAUUGAAUGUUCAGGUCAACAAGCUGCUGUGCUGAUUGAUAGCUUCCAGGUUACAUCAAUAUCUUUUUCUGAUGGAACAAAGUAUGAAGAUAUAUCAAAGGCAGCUCAUAAUGUAUUUGAUCACAAUCAAGAUCUGGAGGCUUAUCUUCUGCUCCAUUGUGUUCGCAGCUAUGUGGAAUUCAACAUGUAUGCUUUGUUCAAGAUGUAUGUUUCAUUGUAUACUAUAUUCUCAACCAAUGACAUUGAAAUUUUCCCACUGAAGGAUGCUUAUCAGGAUCAUACAAACUUCAAGAACUUCACUGAACAGAUUCUCCAAUAUAAUCAUGACAGCCUUAUAGUGGAAUACAUUCGUGGGAAGUUGCAUUCUCUUGACAUGCAAAAUCUCAGCCUACCUGAGUCAGAUCUGCCUGAUCCAGAGGCUGAUGAAAUUGAACAAAUAGAUGGGCUACAUUUCAGCCUUGGCUCACAGCAGGCAACACAGUCAUUUGUGGAUGUCAAAGCAAGUAAAACAGGCAAUCCAGCCUUCGUUCAAUUUUGGAUCAAGCUGAAUGAUUUUUUAAACCACACAUUCAAUGCCAACAACAUACCAUUUCCCAAUGGGAGACAAAUCCAACUUGCCACUGAUGACAUUAUCACUGAGUACCGAUUUGUCAAAGUCAACUAUGAAUCACUAGUUGACUGGCAGACAGAAGCUUGUGUCAUCUUCACACAAUUGUUGUUGGUCUUCACCUACAUGGUCAGGGAUGUUCAAUAUCCUAUCAUGCUAACUCUCCCAUAUGAUCAACCUGUUGGCGCUUGUCCACAGAAGGAUAAAGAUUUCAACUUCUGUUGUGUACUGGUCAAGGACAGUAGCAGACCUAAUGAGGCUCUGGUCAUUGACACUCUUGAUACAGAUAUGUUCCUUCACAUGAAGGAAAUCCAUACUGAUACUGCAGCUGGUGAGGACUUUGGACUAUGGGGGGAACUAAAGCAAGACCUGGAUGAAGGUAGCAUGCAAGUUCCAAUUCUUAGUGCUUUCAAACUGGCUCAAAUGCGCAAACUACUGCUACUACACAGAGGUGACGCUUUUAGCAUGGAGGCAAACACUAUAAUUGGCCCAGAAGUGAGGACAUGGAUGGGUGGAUGGACUGUAGCAGAGGAUGUAGAGCAGGCACGCAGGAUGUGCAAGUGCAUUCACAUGCAUGCAGCGGUUGCACAUCAGCUUGCGAUAGCACGAGUGACUUAUCCAGAGGAUCAGAACCAAAGUAUCAGUGGGAAGGGAUGUUCAUGUACCACUGUGUACCAUCACCUGCUCCAACACCAGGCAAGAAGAGACUAUUCCUUGCUCAAGCACAAGGCUGACUGGGCACUCAAGUGGAUAUCUGAUCAGUGUUCCACCUUUGGUGAUCACUUGGUCACAUUUGCUGCUGUUGAAGGCAUCUUCUUCUCUGGCUCCUUCAUGUCCAUCUUUUGGCUGAAGAAACACAGUCUGAUACCUGGUCUCACACUCUCCAAUGAGCUCAUCAGCCAUGAUGCUCUCCCUGUUGGUGUUAUUGGCAUGAAUGCCAAGCUCAUGUGUCAGCACAUCGAGUUCGUUGUAGACUGCUUGCUGGUAUCGCUAGGCAAUGAGAAGGUGUACAAUGCCACCAACCCCUUCAACUUCAUGGACAUGAUCUCACUGCAGGGGAAGACCAACUUCUUUGAAAAAUUCUGUAAAAUAGCUUGUGAGCUGCUGGUAGAGACUGACAUACCACCAGACUCUGCUCCUCCUAUCAACACACAUCAGGUGCUUGGUAACUCAAUAUGUGGCACUCCAGAUGGCAGAGCAUUUUUUGGGUACUUUUCACAGCAAAAAACAAUGGAACAGGAACAGAUGAUGCAAUUGUCUAUACACAGCAUCAAAUGCAGCAACAGCACCUCAGACAGCGGAGUCAGACUGAUACUCAAAGGUGCUGCUUCCUUGAAUGUUUCUCUGGAAGAGGACUUCUAG